UGGGAGUCUGGGAUAAACGUACUAGCCGGGAUGUGGGCGCCGGCCAGGGGACAUGCGGGCUUCCGCCAGCAGAGGGCGCGCUCGCAGCAGCCUUCGCGCCCGCGGGCUUCCCGGUCCCGCGCACGCUCCCGAGCGCGCCCCCGCCCCGCGUCACGUGACGCAGCCGGGACCCCCGAGCCGCCCGGCCGGAGCCGAGGUACUUUCGUUGCAGGCGGCCGCGGAGGCUGCUGCGGGUGCAGCUGCAGAGGCGCUUCCGAAGGAGCGGGGAGCUGAGGGGUCGAUGCUCCCUGCUCUCAGUCAGGUCGGCUCCCGUGACCGUCUUCCCGUUCGGCGCCGCCGUCGCCCCGAGCGCGUAUAUGCGCGCUUCCGUGAGGAGAGGCGCCGGUGACCAUGUAGGAGGGCGGCGGGAGGAAGCGCGGGUGCCGGCGACGCAGCCGCCCCCCGCCGCGGGGGCGGCUGGGGCCGCGGGCCGCGGUGCGGACGCGACCUCCGCCUGGGGCCUGGCCCGCAGCGCCGCAAGUCUCGCCGCGUCUCGCGAGAGCCGAAGUUGCAGGAACAUGGCGACGUCUAAUCUGCUAAAGAAUAAAGGUUCUCUUCAGUUUGAAGACAAGUGGGAUUUUAUGCGUCCAAUUGUUUUGAAGCUUUUACGCCAGGAAUCAGUUACGAAACAACAGUGGUUUGAUCUGUUUUCGGAUGUUCAUGCAGUCUGUCUCUGGGAUGAUAAAGGCCCAGCAAAAAUUCAUCAGGCUUUAAAAGAAGAUAUCCUUGAAUUUAUUAAGCAAGCACAAGCACGAGUAUUGAGCCAUCAAGAUGACACAGCUUUGCUAAAAGCAUAUAUUGUUGAAUGGCGGAAAUUCUUUACACAGUGUGAUAUUUUACCAAAACCCUUUUGUCAACUAGAGAUUACUUUAAUGGGUAAACAGGGCAGCAAUAAAAAAACAAAUGUGGAAGAUAGUAUUGUGCGAAAGCUCAUGCUUGAUACAUGGAAUGAAUCAAUUUUUUCAAAUAUUAAAAACAGAUUGCAAGAUAGUGCAAUGAAGCUGGUACAUGCUGAAAGAUUAGGAGAAGCUUUUGAUUCUCAGCUGGUCAUUGGAGUAAGAGAGUCCUAUGUUAACCUUUGUUCUAAUCCAGAAGAUAAGCUGCAGAUUUAUAGGGAUAAUUUUGAGAAGGCAUACUUGGAUUCAACAGAAAGAUUUUAUAGAACACAGGCACCCUCUUAUUUACAGCAAAAUGGUGUACAGAAUUAUAUGAAAUAUGCAGAUGCUAAAUUAAAAGAAGAAGAAAAACGAGCGUUACGUUAUUUAGAAACGAGGCGAGAAUGUAACUCUGUUGAAGCUCUCAUGGAAUGUUGUGUGAAUGCCUUGGUGACGUCAUUUAAAGAGACUAUCUUAGCAGAGUGCCAAGGCAUGAUCAAGCGAAAUGAAACUGAAAAAUUACAUUUAAUGUUUUCAUUGAUGGAUAAAGUUCCUAAUGGAAUAGAGCCAAUGCUGAAAGACUUGGAGGAACACAUUAUAAGUGCUGGUCUGGCAGAUAUGGUAGCAGCUGCUGAAACUAUUACCACUGACUCUGAGAAAUAUGUUGAGCAGUUACUUACACUAUUUAAUAGAUUUAGUAAACUUGUCAAAGAAGCUUUUCAGGAUGAUCCACGAUUUCUUACUGCAAGAGAUAAGGCAUAUAAAGCUGUUGUGAAUGAUGCUACCAUAUUUAAACUUGAAUUGCCUUUGAAGCAGAAAGGAGUGGGGUUGAAAACUCAACCUGAGUCUAAGUGCCCUGAGUUACUUGCCAAUUACUGUGACAUGUUGCUGAGAAAAACACCAUUAAGUAAAAAACUAACCUCUGAAGAGAUUGAAGCAAAGCUUAAAGAAGUGCUCUUGGUACUUAAAUACGUACAAAACAAAGACGUUUUCAUGAGGUACCACAAAGCUCAUUUGACACGACGUCUUAUAUUAGACAUCUCUGCCGAUAGUGAAAUUGAAGAAAAUAUGGUAGAGUGGUUAAGAGAAGUUGGUAUGCCAGCAGAUUAUGUAAAUAAGCUUGCUAGAAUGUUUCAGGACAUAAAAGUAUCUGAAGAUCUGAACCAAGCUUUUAAGGAAAUGCACAAAAACAAUAAGUUGGCUUUACCAGCUGAUUCUGUUAAUAUAAAAAUUCUGAACGCUGGUGCCUGGUCAAGAAGCUCUGAGAAAGUCUUUGUUUCACUGCCUACUGAACUGGAGGAUUUGAUACCUGAAGUAGAAGAAUUUUACAAAAAAAAUCAUAGUGGUAGAAAGUUACACUGGCAUCAUCUCAUGUCAAAUGGAAUUAUAACAUUUAAGAAUGAAGUAGGUCAGUAUGAUUUGGAGGUAACCACAUUUCAGCUGGCUGUGCUGUUUGCAUGGAACCAAAGACCCAGAGAAAAGAUCAGCUUUGAAAAUCUAAAACUUGCGACUGAACUCCCUGAUGCUGAACUUAGAAGGACUUUAUGGUCUUUAGUAGCUUUCCCAAAGCUCAAACGGCAAGUUUUAUUGUAUGAACCUCAAGUCAGCUCACCCAAAGACUUCACAGAAGGUACCCUCUUCUCAGUGAACCAGGAGUUCAGUUUAAUAAAAAAUGCAAAAGUUCAGAAAAGGGGUAAAAUCAACUUGAUUGGACGCUUGCAACUCACUACAGAAAGGAUGAGGGAAGAAGAGAAUGAAGGAAUAGUUCAACUUAGAAUACUGAGAACCCAGGAAGCUAUCAUACAAAUAAUGAAAAUGAGAAAGAAAAUUAGUAAUGCUCAGCUGCAGACUGAAUUAGUAGAAAUUUUGAAAAAUAUGUUCUUACCACAAAAGAAAAUGAUAAAAGAGCAAAUAGAAUGGCUAAUAGAGCACAAAUACAUCAGAAGAGAUGAAUCCGAUAUCAACACUUUCAUAUAUAUGGCAUAACUUUGAAUAUCGUGGACAAGACUAAGCAAACAAAUUUUGGAGUGCUUGGGCAGAAAGUUGUCACAGUUUGAGCUGGAGAAAGGUUUAUUUGGACUUUGAUUACAUAAAUAUUCAAAUCUCUGCCUUACCUUUCCAGAGCGACUCUCUUUUGCCAGUCAUACUCGUCAGCACGGUGGCGUUCCCUUCAUGUUGCACACUCUGUAACAGCAUGCUGUUUUGUGGAGAAACUUGCAUUCAUGAAGAGCCCAAUACGAACUUUUAAAAGUAAAUUUGAUUUUUAUGCACCAGGAAAAACACAAUGGGAGGGUGAAGGCGGGUUUCUUGUUGCUUUUCUCUCUUUUGUUUUUCCUCUUACAAAAGUGUACUUGCACAAGGAAGGAUAUUAAGAUAUUUGUGCACUGAAAAAUGCUGUUAUCUUUGGUUUUUUUUUUUGUUUUGUUUUGUUUUGUUUUGUUUUUUAAUACAAUUAAAACUAGAAGUAGCACUCUUGGCUCCUUGUGAUGAAGAGUGAGCUGCACACCAGCGCUGGGAGAGGGCAGAUGUAGGUGAGACGUGGGGGCUGCACAGCAUGGAGGUAGCCAGCACUGUUGCAGCACCACGGGUGGACUACAAAAUGGUAUUAAAUAUUUCUAACUUGCAAAAAAUUUUAAAGCAGGAAACUGUUGCUUUAGUUAUUUGUUACUAAAUAACAAGUUUUAAAAAAAUUAUAUGUGGCUGGAGAGCUUGUUUGAAAGUGAGGCUUAUGUUGUUGCUUCAGUUGUUUGAGAAAAAUUAGGGGGAUAAGGAGGUCAUUAUGGCACCAAUUUUAGUACCCGUGCUGCCGAACCGAGGCAGGGAGGUCAUUAUGACCGCAGAGUCAGAACUGCAAAACAGGCAUCUUAAGUGUGCUCACUAACACACUUAAUAUUUAUACUCCUAAUAUUUAUUAUGCCAUGUCUAAUUGAAAACGAUGCCGAAAUCUGCUCUGGUAGAAUACAUUUAUGGGACUGGUCUCCUAAUCUGUAGCAUAGGAAUAUUUUCAUGUUUUGAAGUCUCCAUGAUUAGGAAUCUGCAGCCUCAGGUUUCUAGAAAAAAAAAAAAAAAUCAUUCUCUUUU